CUACUCGCUCCUGAACUUUAAACCGUGCUCCGAAGAACAACCUGGAGGAGGGGGAUUUCUCAGGAGCCAGCGUCUUUCGCACGCUCAGGACCGUCACAUGUUGGCUCCCAGUGUUCCCUGCCAUCCAGAAGAUGCUGCGCACCAGCUACCCAGACUUGCUGCGAGCCCACUGCAGCUCCCGGGGUGGUAGCGUGGGCGGGGCACAGGAGGGGCGGAGCGUGGGCCGCUGAAAGCAGAUGCGCGCGAGGACACCCAGUCCCUGCGCCCCCGGAGAAGGCAGUGGCAAGAGUCUACGUCAGCGGUGGGAAAUCCCCUUACCGCGCUGCGCUGGUGGGGUCUGCGUUGGGCUCCUUUGGCGCUCCGCCCCCUUUCCCUGGUUCCUGUACUCAGGACGGACGACUCCGACUCCGGGAGAUUUGUAGCGCGAGAACUAAGAGGGUGGAAAGGUGUGAGCGGCAAAGCAGAGGAGGGCGAGAAGGAGGAGGUGGCCCCGGGGGGGUGGUGGUCUGACGGACCCAGGAGUCCUGCUGGCAGAAGACUGGCUGGCGGGCUGGCUGGCUGCAGCAGCCUCCGGUCCGGACACGCAGAGCGGAGAGGAGCCAUGGCCUCUGGUGGUUAUAACCCAUAUAUAGAGAUAAUUGAACAACCCAGGCAGCGGGGAAUGCGUUUUAGAUACAAAUGUGAAGGGCGAUCGGCAGGCAGCAUUCCAGGGGAGCACAGCACAGACAACAACCGAACAUACCCAUCUAUCCAGAUUAUGAACUAUUGUGGAAAAGGAAAAGUGAGAAUUACAUUGGUAACAAAGAAUGAACCAUUUAAACCUCAUCCACAUGAUUUAGUAGGAAAAGACUGCAGAGAUGGCUACUAUGAAGCAGAAUUUGGACAAGAACGCAGGCCUUUAUUUUUUCAAAAUUUGGGUAUUCGAUGUGUAAAGAAAAAAGAAGUAAAAGAAGCUAUUGUUUCAAGAAUAAGUGCAGGAAUCAAUCCUUUUAACAUCCCCGAACCACAGCUGCUUGAUACUGAAGAUUGCGACCUCAAUGUGGUGAGAUUAUGUUUUCAAGUUUUCCUCUAUGAUGAGCAUGGUAAUUUGACGACCACUCUACCUCCUGUUGUCUCUAACCCUAUUUAUGACAACCGUGCUCCUAAUACUGCAGAGUUAAGGAUUUGUCGUGUAAACAAGAACUGUGGAAGUGUCAGAGGAGGAGAUGAAAUAUUUCUACUCUGUGACAAAGUUCAGAAAGAUGACAUAGAAGUUCGGUUUGUCCUGAAUGACUGGGAAGCAAAAGGUAUCUUUUCACAAGCUGAUGUCCACCGUCAAGUAGCCAUUGUUUUCAAGACCCCACCAUAUUGCAAAGCCAUAACGGAACCAGUAACAGUAAAAAUGCAGCUGCGGAGACCUUCUGAUCAGGAAGUUAGUGAGUCUAUGGAUUUUAGAUAUCUGCCAGAUGAAAAAGAUACAUAUGGCAAUAAAGCGAAGAAACAAAAAACAAAUAUACUUUUCCAGAAACUGUGGCAAGAUUGUGCAGUUAAUUUUCCUGAAAGACCUAGACCUGAUUCCCUAGGACCAACUGGCGAAGGAAGAUUCAUUAAAAAAGAAUCCAACUUGUUUUCUCAUGGCGCAGCUUUGGCAGAAAUGCCCAGGCCUUCAGGAGUUUCAAGUCAAGCAGAACCCUACUAUUCCCCGAAUGUACCCAUGUCCAGUGCACUGCCACAUCAUCCUUCAGCCAUACCCACAAUGGUACCUCAGUCUUCUUCAAGCUGGUCUUCCGUGGCCCACCCCACCCCAUGCUCAGUCAAUACAAAUCCACUGAGUAGUUUUUCAACAGGGACACUUUCCUCUAAUUCACAGGGUAUCCCACCAUUCCUGGAAAUGCCUCUUGUGAGUGAGUUGAAUAAUGCUUCCAAUCCUUGCCUUUAUAACAGUACUAACAAUAUAGGCAGAAUGGAAGCGUCACCCAUGUCAGCUGACUUAUAUAGUAUUUCUGAUGCCAACAUGCUACCUAACUGCCAUAUGAAUAUGAUGACACCCAGUAAUGACAGCAUUAGGGAAACCGAUAAUCAGAGACUUGUGAGCAUGAACAUUGAAAGUCCCUCAUGUAACUCAGUGUUAGACCCAAGAGACUUGAGACAGCUCCAUCAGAUAUCCUCUUCCAGCCUGUCAGCAGGCGCCAAUUCCAGUGCUGCUGCAUUUGUUUCACAAUCAGAUGCAUUUGAGGGAUCUAACUUCAACUGUACAAAUAACAGCAUGAUAAAUGAGUCAGGGUCUUCGAACGGUGCUAAUGCAAACAGUCAUGGUUUUGUUCAAAGUCAGUAUUCAGGUAUUGGCAGUAUGCAGAAUGAGCAGUUGAGCAACUCAUUUGAAUUAGACUUUUUCCCCAGUUAACUUGUAAAAUUUAAAUAGUGAUUCAAGAUUUAAAUCUUUUUACGUGUUUGCAACUAUUUUAAUGUUAUCUGCAUAGGUGCAGUGUUUUAUAUUUCUCUGAUUGAGACUAUCACAGGAAUAUUUGGUGGUUUAGUGGUGUAGUGGUUUUGUGAAACUCACCCAGUUUGGGUGUAUAGGAGAGUUCUUUAACAGUCAGUCCUGGCUCUGGAGCUCCUAAAAUUUUUCAGGAUGUAAAUAAAAGAUGAAUGUUCAGUGCUGAAGUUACCACUGAAAGAGAGGGAUGAGCUCAUUUUCCAACUUCAAGAAGACCUGGGAAAAGUUCAUCAUUUACAGACAAUUGUUACUUCAAGAACAGAUAAACCCACACAAACUGAACUUCCAGACUACCUGUGGUGUGGAAUCCUACGCGCACUGCAGAGUUACUUAAACUAGUGCGCACUUCAGCCUACAUGCACUCAUUAUUGAGCAUUGGAAGUGUAUAAAUGAAUCCGUGGCAUGCUAAAUAUUUAAUAAAAUCAGUUUUUCUGUAUUAAAAAAAAAGUUUGAGUAUGUAGAAUACAAAGUUGGAAACUGCCAGAAAGGGUGCUCUCCAAAACAGAAAUUUAACAGGGUUUUUAGUGUUUUCUUCUUUUGAAACAUGUGACCUGACACUGUGUGUGAUAGGAAUUCUAUCUUUAGGGUUUCACCAUGUUUCCUCAGAACAAAGUGGAGAACAUUAGCUCCAGCUUUUCCAAAUAUGCUUUUUUAUAUUUCUUUUGUGAUGUAUUAAUGUAUUCUUAGUUAAAUGAAUUGAUAUUUGCUUUUGAGCAAAUUUAAGGUAAAACUUGUAAUGGCUAUGUCAUUGGAAAAAUUCCUUGUUAUUUUUGAGGAGCAUGGGCUAAGGUGACCCCUAAGGGGUUUUUCUGAGCCUUUUUGCAGUUUCUUAGAUUUAUAUGUAAAUCAAAAUUUUUUUAAAAUGCUAAGUUGUAUCAAGGCCCUUUCAAGGUAUGGGGGGGUUCUCUACUUUUGGACUAUUUAAAUCCAUACUUUUAAAAUUGCUGAUGAUUUUCAGUUUUCACCCAUGUUUUUAAGGGGAAGAAAUUUCCUUGGACCUCCAAGGAAAGUUCAGGUGUACGCUAGAGACAAAAUUUCAGAGUUGACAGCAUGAAACUGGGGGAGAUCACAGUGAGUGAGGACAGAAAUUUCCUUGGAGGUCCAAGAGACUUCAUACUUGGCGUUCUCUCUGCCUGACUGGUUUUCUCUCAGGUGUGUUAAAUUGUUAUAUCAUAUAAAUAAAUUGUUAUAUCAUAAAUAAAUUGUUAUAUCAUAAAUUGAUUUGUUGAGGAAUUAAAGAAACUUCCAUGGGAUGUUUCAAUAGUAUGGAGAAAUGAAAAGGACAGGAAAUUUUUAGUCAGACAUAUGGGUUUUAAUCUUUAGCUGUGCUACUUAGAAGUUGUGUGAUAUUUAACAAAUCACAACUUCUGUGUGCCUAUCUCUUCCGAUACAAAAUUGCAGGUGAUACCCAGACUACCUACCUCGCAAGGCUUGUUGUACUGAAUAAAAUAAUGUGUAAGAAACACUGUUAAUUGUAUAGUGCUAAUCAAAUAUUGUUAAUAAGACAUCUGUAUAUGUCUUGUGGCCCUUAUUAAUCUCUAAUCCAAGCACUCCUUCCAGUGGCAGAGUGAGAAAAAUCACCAUGGAUUAGGCUUCCAUAGUAGGAAUCCUGAAAUAGGUUUCUCUUCAGAGUGGCCAGCUAUUUCUCAGGUGUGGAGGGCCAUCAUUUGGCCUUAUUCUUUCCAGAACCACUUCCUAUUGUAUAGCAAAGACAGGCCAGUUAAUGACUUCCAGUUCUGAAAUUCUGUGACUUCUAAAUUUCUUAGCCAUUGAUUAUGAAUCAAUAGUAGUAUGACUGUCUUCAAAAAAACAGUCUCAUCAUACCUAAUGAAGUUAUCACUAUAAGAUUUCUUACCUAUUUUGUUUUCAGAGGUUGAAUAUGAAAAGGACAAAAUUAGGAUUUUUUUUAUCACAUGUAAUAGAAAAUUUAUAAGCGCAUCUGAGGUAAAUGUAUGAGUUGCCUGUAUCCAGUUUUAUGCCUUUGUUUAUUUAAGACUGAGUCGAAUUAAUAUUUUAACUUAUAUAUCUUGGCAGAAUUUAGUCAAAAGUGCAGGUUUAACAUCAGUGGAUAAGAUUGAAUCUCAAAAGUAAUCUUGUCAUUUUUUAAUGCAAACCAAAGUUUAUACCUACCUCCAAAAGACUCCACCAUGACUCUGUUACCCUCAUUAAUAAAAUACAGAUAAAAUUUAUAGACAAUUUUUUUCAAUCUUAAAUGUCUGUGGCUUCAGGAAAAAAAAACAUCGCCUGCUAGUAAUGAUCUAUUUAAAAGGAGUGGAAUUUGUCAUGCUCUAAUGUUCUAACCACCUGCUUCUACAAGUUGGUGCUUCAACAAAUCAAGUUUUUAGGGAUAUCAGCAGGUAAAUAAAAUACAAAUUGGUAAAAGUAUCAAAUAUUCAUUUUGCCUAUUUUCCUCCUUGAACUUUAUUGUCAAACCAUUAUAACUUUGUAUAAAAUGUACUAAGAAUCAGGUCAGGUUGGAGUCUCUGGGAUCCAUUUGUGGAAUUCCAUCUCAGGAGACUUCACUGAUGACACACUUGAUUUGACUGGGUCAUCAGCUGAGAAUGUUGGUCACUGGCACACAGUUCAGGGAGCUUCAGGAUGAAAUGGCAAGGAAAGCACAAUCAAGUCCUUGGGUGAGGGGCAUUCUUAAAUGCAUGGUUCAGACGGGAUGAACCCUUUGCAAAUUAUUUGUUUUAAAAGACCCUUAUGGAAUAGCACUAUUACUGUAUUUUUUGGACUGUUGUAGAUAUGUUUAUAUGCUUUUUAGUGACUAAUGAAUUUAGAUGCGCUGAAAACUUUUUUUAAAGUUCUCAGAUAGUUUAAUUAUUUAAUUGUUAAGGGGUGCAUUGAUAGAAUUAUUUUUAAAAUGUCAGUUAUUGUACAGAAUAUUGUCUCUGUAAUAUCUUUGUAAACAGUGAUUUUUUUUCUUGGUAAUAUAAUAAAUGGAAAAAUUCUAAAACCCUUAA